GUGUCCGUCUCUCGGCGGUGAGCUUUGUAUGGGCUUUGAUGUUACGGUGGUAUUACUCUGAGUACUGGACCGUGUACUUUCUGUAUAACAGUGAUAUCUUCAUAAACACUUAAUAUACAUACUUCAUCCAGAUGGAGUCACAAGGGGAAUCGCAGGAUGACCACGGUAUGGUUUAUACGUGGUUUAUAGUAUUAAUGUUAACCGCAGGCAUGAUGGUGAAAUUAGUCUCUUUCGACUCCGCCAUUUUAUCAUUAAUAGCCCUCAGAGACAAAAUGUCAGUAGUUUCCUGGGUAUGCAGUUAUUCCAUUAGAUCGCGAAGGAUAUGGACUUCCCCUGAUCUAAAGGUAAUUUGUACAGGGCAGUGUCCCUCAGUGCAAGGACGUCUAAGUUCCCCUUCCUGGCCGGCAAUUCCAACAUUAUGCAAUAACUACCACCACAACACGACAUCACUCAUAGCACUCAUCUUUCCACAAUGAAAUUAUAGAAUGUGAGAUUUUGUAUAGGAGAAA